AUGGGUCGGGGCCAGCUCCCCUUUGACUCUAACGCUUCGUCCGGCAUCCCUCGCAAGGUCGAACACCCAAUUCCUCCGAGCGUUGCAUCUGAUAUUGGAGGAAGCUCUACCUUAAGCACGAGCAGGCAGAAGCAAUCCAAACGAGAUGAGGCCAUCAGGAGGAAGAUGGAAGCGGACCUCAGUAAGAAGAAGUUCAACCCUUCCAAGGCCCGACACACUCGAAAGGCCCCGCCCGGCACAGUUCUUGCCCUCAAACCCAGUCAAGCUCUACAGAUCAAACCAAAUACCACUGUUUCCGAAGCUGCGCAAUUGAUGGCAGCGAAGAGGGAAGAUUGCGUUCUCGUGACAGACGAUGAUGACCGUAUUGCCGGUAUCUUCACCGCAAAGGAUUUGGCCUACAGGGUCGUAGGUGCUGGUAUCCGCGCCAGAGAUGUGACAAUUGCCGAAAUCAUGACAAAGAACCCGCUAUGUGCUCGUACUGAUACCAGUGCCACUGAUGCUCUUGAUCUUAUGGUUCGAAAGGGUUUCCGACAUCUUCCUGUCAUGGACGAAAACCAAGAUAUCUCCGGCAUUCUAGAUAUCACCAAGUGUUUCUACGAUGCAAUGGAGAAGUUGGAACGUGCAUAUAGCUCCUCCCGCAAGCUAUAUGAUGCUCUUGAAGGUGUGCAAUCUGAGCUAGGAUCUUCACAGCCCCAGCAAAUUAUUCAGUACGUGGAGGCUUUGAGAUCGAAGAUGUCUGGACCUACUCUAGAGUCCGUGCUUAACGGUUUGCCCCCUACCACGGUGUCCGUGCGCACAUCUGUCAAGGAGGCUGCUACGUUGAUGAAGGAGAACCAUACAACCGCUCUCUUGGUCCAGGACCAAGGGUCUAUCACUGGUAUCUUUACUAGCAAGGACGUUGUCUUGCGAGUUAUUGCUCCUGGUCUCGACCCAUCUACCUGCAGUGUUGUCCGAGUCAUGACUCCCCACCCAGACUUUGCACCUACUGACAUGACUAUCCAAGCUGCUCUUCGAAAGAUGCAUGAUGGACAUUAUCUCAACCUUCCCGUUAUGAAUGAGUCUGGAGAAAUCGUGGGAAUGGUUGACGUUCUUAAAUUGACCUAUGCUACGCUGGAACAGAUCAACACUAUCCAAACCAAUGAAAGCGAGGGUCCAGCCUGGAACAAGUUCUGGCUGUCCAUGGACAACGAGUCUGACUCGAUGGUGUCUGGCAGCCAACCCCAUCACCGAUCUCUGCUAAGCCCAGACCAUCGAGGCCAUACCGGUGACAGUGUUUUGCCAAACGACUCUGCCUCUCACCACGGAGGUGAAGAGGCGCCUGUCUCAGAGGUACAGGAACGCCCAUCAGCAGAAGAGAAGCUUGACCCUUCAUUCCCCUUCAAGUUCAAGGCUCCCAGCGGUCGUGUUCAUCGUCUACACGUUGACCCGUCCGCUGGUAUUGCCGAGCUUGUCCAGAACGUGUCCGCCAAACUCGGAGCGGAGGUUGACACCAUCGGCGGCCAAGCCGUUGUCGAAGAUGGAAAACUCAGCAACACCGGAUUCGCCAUGAGCUACUUGGACAGUGAAGGUGACACUGUCUCCAUCACUGCUGACCAAGACCUUGUCGACGCCAUUUCCAUUGCCCGGAAGGCCAGCCAAGACAAGGUUGACCUCUUCGUCCACAGCCCGGAUUCUACUCCGAUUGUUGCCAAGGAACCUGAGCCGGCGGCAGCAGCCAAAGCUGCCUCCCCUCCGGAAUCCGUAACCGUUGCUGCUGAGGAGGAAACCGCGCAUAGAGAGGAGUCGACCAGCAGCCCCAAGUCUGUGGCCCAAUCACUUGUCCAGCCCUCAACGGACCAGCAGCUCAUCAACGGCAUUCCUAACGAACUUAUUCUACCUGGAGCUAUCGUUACUCUGGCUGCUGUUAUUGUCGGUGUCUUUGUGCUGAGCCGCGGAGGUAGACGAUAG